GUAACUUCCGCUGUGUCUACGUGCAGCGGCCAUAUUAGCGUUCCAUUUCUAUCUUCAAGGGUAACUGAAGCGACCCAGGCGAGGCAACAUGUACCGGUUCGCUAAAGCUGCUGUAAACAUCACAAGUCAGGCCUCCAGACAGGUGAGGCAUUCAUCCAGCGUCAACCCAGAAUUCCACGCCAAGUACGGCAAUGGGUUGAUGAUCGGUGGAGCCGUCUUCUGCACAGCUGUGUGGUCAUACGUGCUGACUCAGACUGGCAUCACCUGGAAUUUCUCACCUGUUGGAAAGGUCAUGCCUAAAGAGUGGAGAGAGCCUGAGUCUGAGGAGUGAAGAGCCGCCAUGGCAGACCAAUAUCUCACCUCAUAAUAAACUCUCUGGUUGUACAGAUCAAUAACUGUGUGUUCAGACAGUGAAUGCUUGUGUUUAUCCAAACAUGUUACUUUGUCAAAAUAAAUUAACUAUAAUUA